AUGUUUGACCGUCAUAAAAGCGACGAGGAUGGAUCUUCUUCUUCUUCUUCUUCUUCUUUGUCUUCCGACGACGACGAGGAAAAGAAGAAGAAGAAGAAGAUGAAAAAAAAAGACACGCUGAAAAUCAACCAAAAAUUUGCCUCGCGCUUCGAACACAACGAACGGAGGAAAGAGGAACACCGGUUGAAAGAAAAAGUCGGGAAAGAGUAUUUAGUGAAAGGGAUGAUGAUGAAACAGAAGAAGAGCGAUGGGAGCAGCGAUUCUGAUGAUGACGACGAUGAUGAGAGCAGCAGUUCGGACGAGGGCGAUAUUCCAGAGACGAAAGAGAAGCAGUUCGUGGACGUGUUGACAAAGUUGAAGAAUAAAGAUCCGUCGGUGUACGAUCCGAACGCGAAGUUGUACGACGAAUCUUCCUCUUCUUCCUCCUCUUCGGAGUCUGAAUCCGAUUCUGGACCUGAUGACUCCGAUAAAAAGAAGAAGAAGAAAAAGAAGAAGAAGAUGACGUUGCGGGAAGUGCAAGCGAGAGACUUGCUCGAAGGCGGCGCCAGGACGUACGAAUCGGACGACGACGAAGAUGGGUUAGGCAAACGAAACAAAGAUGCCGGCCCGUCGUACGUGGAAGAGCAAGAGGCGUUGAAGAAGGCGUUCAAAAGCGCCGCCGGUAAUAGCAGGAGCAAUAACAGUAGUAGUAGUAGCGGCGACGACGACGACGGAAAUUCAGAUUCAGAUUCAGACGACGACAUCGGAGGAUUAGUCGUGAAGAAACGCGCAGAGAAAUUCGACAACAACAACGCGAAGGACAGCACUCAUAAAAUAGAAGACGAGAAUAAGAAAAAGUUAGCCGAGGUUUUGAAAGACGAGGACGAGUUUUUGAAAGAUUACAUCGUCAAUCGCAAAUGGACGGAUAUCAACGCCGAUGGAAGAACAAACGGAGGAGAUUCAGAUUCGGAUUCCUCCGAGGAAGAUUUAGAAAGACAAGAACAGUUUGAACACGAAUACAACUUCCGAUUCGAAGAGCCAGGGGGGACAUCUAUUCGGUCGCACGCGAGAAACAUCGACGGGACGCUUCGUCGCGAAGACACCCGUCGUCGCGAGAAGAGACAAAGCGUAAAAGAGAGGAAACAGACCGAGCGGCAAAAGUUGAUGGAGGAAGUCAAACGCUUGAAGAACUUAAAGAGAGAAGAGAUUCGUAAAAAAGUCGAUUUGAUUUCGAAAAUUGGUGGCAUUUCCGGCACUGACGCGGCAAAGAUUGCCGAUUUAACUCAAGAAUUUGAUCCAGACGCGCACGAUCGGGCGAUGCGAGAAUUGUACGAGAGUAAAGAGAACGACGAAGCCUAUCAAGAGUUGGAGGAUGAAGACGGGAACCCAAUUAAACCGGAGUUUGACGACGAUGUAGAGGACGAGUUGAAGGUGUUGAUGAAAGCACCAGAGGAGGUCAACGCGAGAGAAAACGAACGCUUCGAGAAGAUUCGGAAGAACAUGGCAAAAGUAGACGCAAAGUUACAAGCCGAGAAGGAUUUAUUGGACGGAGAUGAUGAUGAAGACGAUAGCGACGACAACGCGGCAGAGGAGCGAGACGGAGACGCAGCAGAUGAUCAAAACGACGACGACGACGAUAACGAUCAAAAUCAAGAAAACGUGUACUCCAAACGCGCUUUGAAGCGAUGGAAGAAAGAGUUGCAGCAGAAAAUGGAUGAGUUUUAUUCCCUCGAUUACGAAGAUUUCGUCGAUGGAUUACCGACUCGGUUUCAAUACAAAGAAGUCGCGCCGUCCAACUACGGCUUAACUACGCGCGAAAUUCUCUCCUUGGACGAUAAGGAUUUAAAUCAAAUAGUCAGUUUGAAGAAAAUCGCGCCGUACAGAGAAGACGAAGGGUUCUUGAGCGCGAAAAAUCGCGCGAGAGCGCGCGAGUUGGCCGAGAAGUUCUUGAAGCAAAAGAGGCAAGACGAGAAGAAACGAGGCGACGGUAAAAAGCGCAAGAAUAAAGACGAUAAAGAAGACGACGAUGAUGAUGACGACGACGAUAAAGAAGCGCGCAUGGCGUCGUACGCCUCCUCCGCGUGGGGUAAACGAAAUAAGUCUUCAAAUAAGAACGAAACUGGAGUGGAUCCGAAUGCUGCCCCAUUGGAUACUCGGUCUCGCAACGCCAAGAAAAACGCCAAGAAGCGCGCGAAAGCGAAAGCGAAGCAGGAAGAAGGAGCGUAA